CCCUUGGGGCUGGCUGGGAAAGGGGGUGCCGGGGGUGUGUCCCGGCUGCCCGGCAUCGCUGACUCUGUCUCUUCCCCGGCAGCGCUGGUUCUGGGCUUUUCUCUAAUUCUCCAUGGCAGCAGCACAGGGUCCUGUGACCUGUGAGCCCGACACGCGUGUCCUCGGCACCUACCUCUCCUCGGAGCCCGUCGGCGUGGUUGGCAGCAUGGGCAGCGUGGGCAGCCUGGUGGAGAAGCAGGAUCUGUCCCCCCUGGAGCUGCGGGCCCCGCUGGGCGGCUCGCGGGGGCUCCGGCAGCCCGACGGGCUGCUGCGCAAGGGGCCGAACCAGCGGGAGCUCUUUGGGUACCUGCACGGGGCCAAGAAGGAGACGCGGGCGGAGCGGAAGCACCAGACAUCGGGCGCCUGCUACAAGCGGGACUACGAGAGCGACCGCGAGAACCGAUCCCCCGAGCGCUGCUCCCGCGAGCAUCACCGCGGGGCCGACUUCUCCAAGAGCUCCCUGCCGGAGCGGGGCCGCUUCGACAAGUGUCGUAUCAGGCCCUCGGCCUUCAAGGCAGUGGCUGGGAAGGGGCUGGUCUCCAUGCAGGGCCUGUCCUCGUCCAAGGGGCAGAAGCUGUCCAAGAGCAAUGGGAGCCUGCACACGCUGCUGUCGCAGAGCAGCACAGCGGCCCCGCAGCACGGCCCGCUCCGCACCCACCUGCUCCACGCCAUCAGCCUGGAUGAGGCCUCUGACUCCAGCCACAACUCCAUCCAGAGCUUCCCCUCCUACGGCUCCCGCCUCAAGCCUGCCCAGAGCCAGUUCAGCGCCUCCAUGGGCCACAUCAACCACAUCGGGGGCUCCCUGGACAGGGUUUCCCGGAGCCCCAGGGAUACCCUGGCCCCUGAGAAGAUGCCCCUGUCCUGCAAAAGCAUGGCCACCCUGAGCAGGCUGCAGAGCCCCGGCGAGCCCCCACCACCCUACGAGUUCUCCUACUCGCUGGAGGACGCGGUGAAGCAGCUGGAGGACCGGCUGCAGGAGACAGGAGGGGAGCUGAGGCAGCUCAAGAGGAGCCUCAGCGAGACUGAAGACCCCUUCACACAGGCGUUUGAGGACAAGCAGCGGCUGUGGCUGGAUGAGCUGGAGGACCUGAAGCAGAUGUACAUGGCCCGGCUGCAGCAGGUGAUGCAGCAGGCGCAGCGCGGGCAGCGGGCGCUGCAGCUGCAGCUCUACAAGGCGCAGCAGGAGAAGAAGCGGCUGCAGGAGGAGCUGAGCCUGCAGCAGUGCCAGUGCGAGGAGAGCAAGCUGCGGCAGCCCCAGGGCGAGCAUGGCAGCCCCAAACUGGAGGAGACCAAGUGGGAGGUGUGCCAGAAAGCAGCAGAGAUCUCCCUGCUGAAGCAGCAGCUCCGGGACACCCAGGAGGAGAUGGCUCAGAAGCUGGGGGAGAUCUUCAGCCUGAAGACGCAGCUGCGGGAGGCCAAGGCAGAGGUCCAGGCCAGGGACUCGCAGCUGGCACAGCUGGCAGACUCCUUCCAGAGCCCCCCCGAGCCCGGC